UUCAAUUCUCUCACCACAGAGAGGUUAGAGCUUGUUCUACAAAAUUUCCCUCUUUUUUAUUUUCCUUUUCUCUUCGUAUCAGAAUUGAUAUGGCAGAACCACACAUGGGAGAAGAAGAAGAAGAGAGUCUUGAAUUCAAGUGGGGCAAAAAGAGAGGAAUUGGUGGUAAGAAAAAGGAUGUUCAAUUCUACGGUUCUUUCACAUACGAUGGUGAUGAGUACGCACUCUUUGAUAAUGUGUAUCUUCACAUUGAAAGUGAACCCGAGCCUUAUAUUGGGAAGAUCAUAAAGAUAUGGGAGAAUCGUGACAAGUCCAAGAAAGUUAAGGUUCAGUGGUUUUUCCGUCCGCGUGAGAUUCAAAAGUUCACUGAAGGAAUCGAGAUUCUUGACAACGAAUUGUUCUUUGCUUGUGGUGAAGGCAUAGGCCUCACAAAUGUCAAUCCUUUGGAAGCUGUUGCUGGAAAAUGCAAUGUUGUUUGUAUUUCUAAGGAUGACAGGAAUCCACAACCAUCGGAUGAAGAACUUCAAAGGGCUCAUUUUGUAUUCCGUCGUUUCUUUAAUGUUGGGGAGAAGAAAAUUUUGGAUGAGAUAGAUGACAAGAUUGCUGGAAUUGAAGUUAAAAAUAUAUUUAACAAAAGAGAAAGUCAAGAUGGAAGUUAGUAGGAAGCAACAGGUAAAUGAUUAUUGUGUUGGGGAGGAAGUGCCUUUCUAGUAGUUGAAGCUUGACAAAAAGACAAUGACUUCCUAGUGAAAAGCUGCAUUAGGAAUCUUGUACAGAGUUACCAAAUAUGGAACACAAAUUAGAAUUUUGUGUGAUGGAAGUCACUUGAAGAUCUGAUUCUGUAUGUUGUACUGCACGGAUUGGUGCUUGCUUGUAAUUCAUGCUAGAUUAUAAACAAAUGAUGAUUCAUUUGCAUUUAAUGACAUUUGAUUGUGAAAUUUGGUGCCCUUGAAUCAAUGUAGUUU